CACACCCGCCGGGGACAGGGAGAGGACAGGGGGGACAGCGGACUUUACUCCUCCGGGGACACAAGGGGGACUCGAACACACUACACACCCGGACUUCACCCCCGAGGACCCGGGCUCUUCCAAACCGAACCAACGUGGACUUUUUCCUUUUUUACCCCCAAGAAAGUUCUCGAAAACCUCCUGUGGACGUUAGCUCGAGUUGUGUGUUGACAAACUAGCACAACGGCGUUAGCCACCCAAGCUAACUGCGUGACUAAAAGUUUGUUGUUGUUUUUGUUGUUGUUGUUUUUGUAACGGAGCUCGACUGCUCGGACGAACAUCUCUUCCCGGGAACCACACCAGGUCUCCAAGGACUUUCUAUACAUCUGUCAAAGAUGUGAAGUCCCUCUCAUCCCAGUGGACUCUUCAAUUACACACAGUGAGGAACUGGACCAGUAGGAAUCAUCUUGGACCCAGCACCGGGGGGGUGCCCUAAAACAAAAUCCCAAGCUGAAGUCUAUGUGUGUGACAUAUUUCAGCCCAGGACACAAACUGAGUAGAUCCUGUGUUGCCGUGGAAUCCUCGGCACCAUUAAAGCAAUCCAGUCCUCUUGUCAUGUGGGUACAUUACAGAGGAAGGCUCAUAUUACCCUCUCUGGUAUCACCAUCCGUUACAUCACCAUGGACCGGAAUAAACGCAAUUCCAUCGCUGGGUUCCCAACACGACCUGAACGCUUCACAGAGGACGGGGACAGUAUCGGAGGGGCAGGGGUCUGUGAGAUGGGCAUGGGCCCGCCUCCACAGGUGGGCCGGGUGUGGCCCUCGUCCUACAGAGCUCUGAUCAGCGCCUUCUCCUGUCUCACGCGCCUCGAUGACUUCACCUGCGAGUGGAUUGGCUCUGGAUUCUUCUCUGAUGUCUUCAAGGUACGUCAUCGAGCCUCAGACCAAGUUAUGGCUCUGAAGAUGAACAAGAUCAGCAGCAACAGAGCAAACAUGUUGAGAGAAGUUCAGCUAAUGAACCGGCUUUCACAUCCAAACAUACUCAGGUUCAAAGGAGUGUGUAUCCAUGAGGGCCAGCUUCACGCUCUGACGGAGUACAUCAAUGGUGGAAACCUGGAGCAGCUGCUCGAGAGCAACACGCACCUGAGUUGGCCGGCCCGGGUGAAGCUGGCCAGUGAUAUCGCCAGCGGCCUGGCCUACCUGCACUUCAAAGGCAUAUUCCACCGGGACCUCACCUCCAAGAACUGCCUGAUCAAAUGUGAUGACAACAGCUACACAGCGGUGGUUGGAGACUUUGGCCUGGCGGAAAAGAUCCCCACUACUGUUGCCGAAGGAGAGAAGCUCUCUGUGGUCGGCUCUCCUUUCUGGAUGGCUCCAGAGGUGUUGAGAGAUGAAACCUACAAUGAGAAGGCCGAUGUUUUCUCCUAUGGAAUCGUCCUGUGUGAGAUCAUUGCACGGAUCCAGGCCGACCCUGACUUCCUUCCCCGCACAGAGAACUUUGGCCUGGACUACCACACGUUCCAGCACAUGGUCGGAGACUGUCCGCCUGAUUUCCUCCAGCUGGCAUUCAACUGCUGCAACAUGGACCCUAAACUCCGCCCCUCCUUCCCCGACAACGUCAGGCACCUGGAGGAGCUUGUUGCUCGCCUCAAAGUGGAAGAGAUGGAGCACGAGUGUCUCCCGCUCGGCGGAGACAACGACAAGAAGACAAUUCCUAAAGGUAUCAGCCCUGCACCGCUGUCCAAACCACACAGCGAGAAGAUCCAGGGCUUCAAGCGACUGAACCCUCUCGGUUUCCAGGACGACAAAAUCCCGCAGAAGUCGCCCCGUCCUCGGCGAAACAUCUGGCUCAGCCGCAGCCAAUCGGACAUCUUCUCCUGCAAAGCAGUGAGGAAGGUCAACGUGAAGGACCCUUACUACAACCCCCCCAUCACGCAGCGCGCCUCCAAGGUCGGAAAGAUCAACCCGUUCAGCGCCCGCGAGGACCUGUGUGGCGGCAACAUCAAGUUCUACGACGUGCCCAGCAAGUCGGUGUUCUCGCUGAUGUUUGACCUCCACUCGCCUCCGGGGAGCACGUUCGGUAACCCGCCCGCUGCUCACGGCGCCGGGGGGCCGCAGCAGGAGGGGUCCUACUACUGGCUAGCGUUGCCAGGGAGACAGUGUCACUCCUUACCGGUGUCGCCCCAGCUGCCGCGCUCGGAGCUCUUCCAGCUCGCCGCCGCCACCGUUGGCUCCAAUAACAUCGGUUCCCUCACCUGUAACUCCGGCCUGCCGUCCACAACGCUGCCAGCGACUAACCUCAGGUCUGAUGUCGGCCCGACUGGAAUCGACGUCCGGCAGAAAGCGUUGGCGUGUGGCUGGGCGAAGAAAUACGUGGUGGUCGAGAUCCCGCCUUACUGCGGGCAGAGAGGAGGAGGAGGAGGGGAGGAAGAGGAGGAGGACGGAGAGGUAGAGGUAGAGGGGAGGACGGAGGGACACAAGGAGGACAUGUCCGGGGAGAGCCGGUCUCCCAUGGUCCCCGGCAGUGAGAGGGACGGAGGAGAGGCGAUGGACUGCUCCUGCAGCGCGGAGGAUGAGGACGAACGAGGAAGAGAGACAGACGCCGGCUUAAUGUAACAGACUUAAACCCACACCCCCCCCUCACAUGGACGAAUGUGGCGGGGGGGAGGAUGUGGUAGCUUUGGACGAGAGCUCGGGGACUCUGACUCUUGACUGUGAGGAAGUGGACGAGCAUUGAGACGGACAGACCGAACACAAGUUAACGGAAAAAUACAAGAGAAAAGAGAAAAAGCAAAAGAACUUGAACUUAUCUCUCAAGUGAAUUUAUCCAAGCUCAUCUGAUUCAGAUCAAUAUUUGUUAUCACACAGGUUGGACAGGACAAUUCUUUCCAGUUGGAACAGAAAAAGCUUCUAUCGACCCCGUGGACGCUCGGAAUAGAGAUUAUUUUUUUUUAAAGGUUGUUUAUAUUUACUAUUGUGAGACGAUGUCGAUUUUCCUCUCUCCUUAAAAGUUUCUUAUAUUUGGCGUCUUGUCUGUGACGAGGGAACCGGAUCCCUCGUGUUGAGUAUGUGUUAAAACUUUCCCCAUGUUCUUUCAUUCAAAUGAUUUAUAAAUAUUUGUUGUUAUUUUACGUAUUCAAAGGAAAGUCUGCCCAGCAACAGGAAUGGUAUCCUCGAGGCCGAGCUGGAUUCAUUCGAUAGGUUCAACACUUAAAGUUAAUUCACUGUCUCUUUUAAGGACCUGACCAGUGGUUUUAAUGUCUUUUAACAUCUUGGUAUCUAUGUGAAGUCGUGGUUGUCAGUUUGUGAGGUUCAGGAGACGUGUUUUCAAACAACGAUAUCCAGAAAUAUAAAAAUAGUAUUUAAAGUGGCUGCUCUGAAGCCAAAUCACCAAUCUAAUGUCUGAGUUUACUUGAAUGCACCACGAGUUUUCAAAACAGUUCCCUCUUUUGUAAUUUAAUGAAUUUUAUUUUCACCAAAACAAGUUUAAGACUGUUAAACGUUUGAAAUGCAGGAAUCUUCUUAUUACAAUUUAAGUUUGAUUCAUAAACAAUAAAAUGUACUGUCACUCAAUUAACAGAAUCAGGGAUUUAACCACCACAGCCUUACUGAGACUGGUUUGACCAUGAUGUCAUGGUAACCCUGGAAAAUGUGUUUGUUAAAACCAGUCGCUUCAGAUCAGAAAGGAAAAGUCAAAAUGUGCCUGUGUGCUGUAAUUUCCUGUUUUGGCCACAGAGGGUCGUAGUUCUGCAAAAAUCACAUAGUCUCACUUUAAAGUAAAAAGUUUACUUUAUAGAAACAAGGCUCUAAGGUGGGAAAUCAAUCUCAUGUCAGACUUAUAGAUCAAGAUGAGCAUGAAGGCAGAAAUAUAAAUUAUAUUAUAUUAUAUUAACUACAAGCUCUAAAAACUGCCAAUGUCCUAAAGCAGUGAAUAAAUUAGUGAUUAAUUCCAUCAUCGUCUUUUACAAACCUUUGACGUGAUUAAAAAGUAUUCAAGCAUCUGGAAAAUGUUUCUAAGUAGCUAAUUUAUUUUAUUCUAAGUUCAAGUUUUCCCUUAAAGUUCAGUGAAUAUUUUACUUUAAGCCGAGUCUGAUACUGUGAAACUGGUCCCGUGACAUUUUCAUCUUCCUGUUUGAGGGUUAAAACGUUAUUUAACUUUAACAGAUAUUAAACAAUCUCAUUGGGGGGUCGGGGGGGUCAUUUGACAUGAGAACUGUUGAUCUGAAUGUUUUCAGUGACUGUAAUGAAAUGAGUUCUGACUUGUUAAACACGACUUCCUGUUGAUCUGCUCCAGCUCUUGUCUAUGAUCCUCUCUUGUUUCAUUCUGAUCUAGGAACUAAAACGCACUUGUACCGUGAUGAUCUUCUCUUAACGACCUUUCACUACUUUUCUAUGCAACAGAUCAUUUAUCUCAGUGUUUUAAAGGAUAAAAACAAAAGAUCUAAUUUGAUAUUUAUGAGAAAGAAAACAACUUUUUAAUGUCUUACCUUUGUAUAUUUGUGUAAAAAGUUUGUGUCGCCUGCUGCGACGAAUACAGAUCCAGAUGUUUUUCUUUGCUGAUGGAGUAACAAAGCUUCUCUGAGUCUUA